ACGCCCCCUGAGCCGCAAUCUCUACUGCUCCACUGCUCCACUGCUCCAUAGGGAAAAACAAAACUUACAAUAAAUAGACACUCAGAAACCAGCGCAAACAUGGAAGAAGAACUUCGACAAGUGCAACGAAGAAUGGAAAAAAUAGUACAGGACCAAUCCAAAAUAAUGGGAGAAAUAAACGCGGUCAAAGACAUUGUAAGCAAACUAAUUGCAAAGGAGAUGGAAAAAGGGAAAGAAAAAGUGAAAAAGCGCAACCGGGAAAGUGAAAGUGAAAACAUGGACACGGAAAAGUGCAACCGGGAAAGUGAAAGUGAAAACAUGAACACGAACACGUCCAAAGACAACGCACAACUACGACAACAAAACCAACCCCAGCCCCAAAAUCAAAGCCAACUUCAGCCUCGGCCUGUAGAACCAAACCCUGGAUGGGACCUCGGAAAGAGAGAGACACAGAAAACACGGGGGGAAAACGAAACCAUGGACCGUGACCUCAUAUACCCGGCUGAUCUAGGGUUCGCCGCCGAUGAAGCGCCGGGGCAAAGGACGCCAAUUAAAAAACCCCAAGGGGAGAAAAGGAAGAAGCUAUCACACUCACCCACAAUACCUGCAAUACCGCCAUCACCAGCGGCACCGCUAUCAUCGCCACCUUUACCAGACGUGAUACGCAGCACUUCACCGUACACAGGGGGCACAGGAGGCCCAGAACAACAACAAGCGCUGCAACAGAAGAACGAUGACAACAAACCAACAUCAUCAUCAUCGUCGUCAUCGUCCUCGUCCUCGUCCUCCUCCUCCUCAUCUGCCUCUUCUGCCUCGUCUGCCUCGACCCCCUCGCCGUCGCACUCGCCACGCUCACUGCAUUCACCGGCGGCGCCACCACCGCCGCCAACGUCACCGACAACAUCGACAACAUCAUCAACGCCUACUAAAGCUCCUGCAUCACAGCCGCGACCAUCGCCUUUGCUCUCACCUACUCCCUCCUCAACAUCAUCACCAUCGCCAAUACCGGCGCCAUUGCCAUCACCAACACCAUCGCCAACACCCGCUUCACCACAACAAAGGGUAUCACAAAGCACAAAGACAAGAAACCAGCACAAAAUUAAGCAAUGUACGCUAUGCGGAUAUGUCUCGCGAAAUGGGCAUAUGCUGCGCCAUCAAACCAAAGUACAUAAGGGAAUGAUGGAAGCGAAGGGAAGGGAGGAGUUCAGGAGACAUGGAGCUUUUGAAACAGACACACCUGCAAAGAAGUACUGUCCGCAAAAAUAUCUGCCCCCGAUGUGGUUGGUGAGGGCGGUCACUGGAGUAAACAGGAGAUGGCUGGAGGCACUUUUCACCGGAAUAAUACCGGAGAGAGAGGGUGAGGAGUGGGAGAAGGAGGAGGAGGAGUAGCAGGGGAACUGGGAGGGUGAGCGGCAGCGGCGAGCAACAACAACAACUAUCCACCCAUCCAAUGUGCACCGACGCGCCACUGCGUCGCUGCUCCAUCCUAAAAGCAAGGAAGUUGGGAUGGGAUUUUGAAAAUUUUGAAAAUAGUGGGAUAACAUGCGGAGAAUAUAGGAAUACAGUGCUGUAGAUAAAUAAAAUA